GAAGAUAACUAACACAGGGACACCAGCGGCUUAAACAGUAUACAAAUAGUUAGGUCCGCCAGGUCGGAACUUUGUUUUGUAUUUCGUGUACACAUACGGAAGACUGAUAGUGGAGCAAUUCUAAAUUCUGGUGGUUUAACGUGUAUUUUGAAAAGUCCAUUCAAUCAAAUUUGGUGGAACAGGGCGAGGAUAGCGUUCCAUGUCACUCGUUUCUAAAUUAUUUUAGAUAAUCUAACAUAUUGAUAUUGUUACGUUACAUACCUUAGUUUAACCGCUUCUUCACCGAUUACAACAUUUCAUUUGUGCAACGUUAGAUACCGCUUUCGUCUUAGCUCGGCUAAUGCCUGUAUAAGGAAGAAUUUUGAAUUGACGUCUUUUUACGUUAUUGACAUUACCAGUCAUCGGCAAAGCAGAGGCAACGUUGUACUCUCUGUUUAAUCCACUUGUACGUGGACAGCGGAGUUAUUCAGCAUGGUGUUCUUCACAUGCAAUGCUUGUGGCGAAUCCCUGAAAAAAGCCCAGGUGGAUAAACACGUGACAAUGUGCCGGAGUUGCCAAGUUCUGUCUUGCAUUGACUGUGGAAAAGAUUUUUGGGGUGAUGACUACAAAAAUCACAUCAAAUGCGUCAGCGAAGACCAGAAGUAUGGGGGUAAAGGCUAUGAGGCCAAAGCAAACAAAGGAGAUGUGAAACAGCAUCAAUGGAUCCAGAAAGUCCAUGAAGCCAUGAAUAAACCUGGAGUUAGUGUGAAGCUGAAAGCUGUCCUCCAGCAAGUCAGCGCAUACGACAAUGUCCCAAGAAAAAAAUCAAAAUUUGAGAAUUGGAUGAGGAACAGUCUAAGGAUUACCAACUCAAGUCUACUAGAAGAGGUGUGGGGUAUCCUGAAUGCACCUACUGACAUUACCCCUGAUGUACCCAAGAUGAAAAAACCAGUGCAAAAGACACAAACUGAAGUUGAAGUGGUUAGUAAUACUAAAGAGACACAAAAUGGCCAUUCAGACAUAAAGAAAAAGAAACUUAAAACACCAGAGUGUAAAGAAGGCCACCAGCAGGCAAAUGGAAAACCUGAGAAAAUAUCAAAAAAGGCAAAGCUGGCAGUAGCCGAGGAAGAGCGGGUGACUAAGAAGAAAAAGGAUAGAAAGAGAUCACGGGUUUGUGAAGACAGUGAAAAUGGGACCCAAGAUGGUGCUGUUGAGAAAAUGUCCAGCAAAAAGGUGAAAAUUGACCAAACAGCAGAGGUUGUUGUCUCUGAGUGGAGUGAGGAUCUAGAGCUUGCCAAAGGGAAUUUCAAAUGGAAAGAAACUAUCAAGGCAGUAUUGAGAAAUUCACCUGGCCAGCAAUUACCAGUGAAGAAACUUAGGAAGAAGGUUCUGGCUGCCUACUUCUCAGUCGCUGGUGAUGGGAAUUUAAAGACAAAGGAGGAGGUCCUUGCAAUUUUCAAUAAGAAGAUUAAACACAAUCCCAAAUUUAGAGUUUUGAAGGACAAUGUUAGCCUUGUAAAUUAAGCAAAUUCCACCUGUAUGGCAUGAAAUGUACAAUAUAUUGGUUCAUGAUUAUUGAAUAAUGAUGUUCAGGUAAGCUCUUGAUGAUUAAACCAUUUGUCUUUGA